AUGGCGGGCGGUUUGAAGACGGUCACCGUGUUGGUGGCACUGGCCCUGGCCGUGGCCCGUGCGGACGAGUACACCUGGAACAAGGGCCGGGUCAACUUUCAGGACGCCAUCUGGGGUGAUGGACCGACGCCGACGGAGCCGUCGCGCGUCAACAUUUUGGAUCUUUCGUCGGACAUUCCUUACACGGCGGUGGUCGAUCCCAUUGCCUUUUCCGCAUCGCGCAUCAUCUUGGCUGACUCGGCACGUCUCGUAUUUGCUGAUGACGGACAGGGCAACUCGGCCCGCAUCAUCCUGGAUGACGAUCCACUCAACGUCAACACGACCAUUGCCGUGCCCGAUCCCACCGACCAAGACUACGACUUUAAUUGCGCCGCCAACUGGAAGCGCGGUCAGGUGACGGCCACCUACCCUCCUUGCGUUGAUGACACGGUCGCCCUCUCCUCGGACACGGGCUACUUCUUCUGGACCUCGGACGACGUCUCCAGCGUUGUGCUCUCCGGCAUCACCGUGGAUUCGGCCAAUGUCGGCAUCAACUCGCUCCCGGAGAACGUCUUCUCCACCUCGCUGGCUGACCGCCUCCAUCUCGGUGGCUCGAGCGAUAUUGACCAGUGCCAGUUCAAGACAACCACGGGCUGCAUCUGCGUCAACACCUGCCCCACCGACGAGCAGGCCCUUCAACAAAACAUUGACAUUGUUGAGGGCGUGCAGGCCUACGCCGAGAGCAUCAAGGAUGCCCUGGACACGGUGCGCAGCACCGGCGUCAACGUGGUCUACUCCAUCGACAGCUCGGCCCUCGGCUUUCCCAUGAGCCUGUCCAACCCCACUGGGCUCUCCGACUUUAUGGAGCACCUCGGCGGUCCUGGCUUUCGCCAAACCCCCAGCGCCAGCAAUCCAUCUCCUUCUAGCAUCAGCAUCUCUGGCUCGGUCAUGGCCGCCCGCCGCUGGUUUGUCAAGCCCUCGGCCAACCCCACCACCACCGUGAGCUCCUACACCACCAGCAUCACGGCUGCUUCCCCCUUUGGCGUCCUGGACCAGGCCCCGAUCGAUCCUCUGAUCACCGGUGCCCUCAUCAUGACCAGCGCCAACAACAAGAUUGUCUCCCUGCCUGACUGCAGCGGUGCGACAACCACCUGCGAAGCUCUUGGCUUGCUCGGUAUCCUGGCCCCCGAUCUCAACGAAGCCCUGUCCGCGCUUUGCCCCGACAACACGUGCGUCGGUGCCGGCUACAACCCCACCACCUUCUCCAACGUUGCCAUGCUUUUCCCCCACGGACGUCGUGCCCAGCUCCUCCAGCACGUCAAGAAUACCCUCGAGGGCAACACCCUCCUCGGCUCCCUGCUCACCGCCGUGCGAGCUCAAAGCGACGACAUUGCCAUCAUUACCGGCGCCCCGCCCCCCGUUCGUUCCUUCACGGCUUCCUUCAACUUUGGUUCUGAGCUGCCCUCUUUUGCCCCCUACCGCCUGGCCGACAGUCGCAACAAGGAUGACCUCCUUCAGGAGAUGCUCGGUCAACUCGAGGGCACUUUCCCCUUUUUGGACAUUGACACCGAGGCGGCUGCCCUCACGCUCGUUCCCACCACCCAGCCUGCUCGCCGCCGCCGUGAUACGUUCUCGGGUGACAACGAGCUUCAGCUCACCUUUGGCUACUCGGCACCCUGCACCACCCCUACCGCCUGCGCCGUCAACUUUAACAAUCCCGGCUCCAGCGGCGCUCAAGGCUUUGCCGCCCUCCUGGCUGUGGCGUACCAAGCCCAUGAGAUUGCCUUUGAGCGUUGCUUCGACCGCACCACCUCCCGUUGGGCUUGGGACCAGAUGUGCCUGGCCAACCUCAUUGCGCAGCAGUACGCGUCCACCGACGCCACUCAGAGCCAGGUGAUUGACGUGGCCAAGACCUAUGUCAAGUGCGAUCUCGCCGGUACUGCCAACGAUGGCUCUUGCAACGAAGGCGAGGCUGCCGACUAUGAAUCCUUGGCCACUCUGGUGGGUGAGGCCGCCUACCUUCUCAUUGAGGAGUCGCGAAGCGGCAAUGACAACGACGACGCCUCGGGCGGCAGCACUGGACAAAGCUCGGGCAGCAGCUCGAACAGCAGCAACCUCGGCAUCAUCGUUGGGGCCGUCGUCGCCGGUGUCGUUCUCAUCACCCUCUUGGCCUUUGUCAUUGUCCGCCGCCGCCGCAAGCCUGCCCUCAACGUCAAGCAGGAUCGCUCUGCUGUUGCCUUUGAGAAUCCCAUGUAUGACAACCAGCAGGGCCCCACCUACGACAAUCAAGAAGGCGUCGAGGGCGAGUACGGCCAGGUUCAGGACGAGGACGGUGGCAUGUACCACGAACCGGCUUUUGCUGCCCAGGGUGGCAUCAAGAAGAACCCCAUGUAUGACUCAUCCGAGCGUCUGGCCGACAACGACGGCUACAUUACGGCAGAAGGAGCUUACAUGAACCCGGAUGGUUCGGUCCUGACUGGCAAGAACCAUGCAGUCGAUGGCUUUGACAAUGACAUGACUGAAGGCGGCUAUCUGGACGUUGGCGGUGAUGAUUUUGCCGGCGAUGAUUUUGCCGGCGAUGAGGAAUUUGAUGGUGGCUUUGGUGAUGAAAAUCAGUUUGACGAGUAGACACACUUUGUCAGGUCUCCCGUGGCUUUUCCUUUCCCCUGGCAAUUGUCCUGUGUGCACAUCUGCAAAUUGCAUCUCUUGUCAACGC